UGUAGGGUCAUCCUUCACGGAGUUUGGACUGUCCUGCUUUUUUGUCGGAGUGGAGGUAAUUGCUGAAGUUGGUCGGUGGGAGAUGGCUGAAGGCCCAGAGCAUGGUCUGGGCGUUACAGAGCACCUGUGAUCUGACCCACAACCUCUGCCUUUGCUGGGACUAUCAGAAUGGGGAACAGUGGCUCAGCCGUGAAGGUCUGCACGGAUCACCAAGGAGGGAUCAACUGGCUGAGCCUGAGUCCGGACGGCCAGCGCCUGCUCACAGGUAGUGAAGAUGGCACUGCACGGCUCUGGAGCACUGCCGACAGCCAGUGCCAUGGACACUUCCAAGGACAUGAAAGUUACAUCACCUUUUGCCACUUAGAAAAUGAGGCUGCCUUCACCUGUAGUGCAGAUCAUACCAUUCGAAAGUGGGAUGUGGUGACAGGUCAGUGCCUGGCCAUUUACCGAGGACACACAUCCAUUGUUAACAGGAUCCUGGUUGCCAAAGACUAUCUCUUUAGUGGCUCCUAUGACAGGACAGCCCGCUGUUGGAGUGUGGACAAGGAGAAACAAAUCCAGGAAUUCCGGGGGCAUCGGAAUUGUGUCUUGACUCUAGCUCACUAUUCCUCCAGGGAUGUUCUUGAAGAAGAUGAGGAGGAAGAGGAGGAGGAGGAGAAAGUGAGCAGAGACCUCCUGGUGACAGGUAGCACGGACUGCACUGUUAAGGUCUGGUGGGUGUCCAGUGGGCGCUGUUACCAGACUCUGCUGGGACACACUGGGGCUGUCUUAUGCCUUAUACUUGACGCACCAAACAGGGAGCUCUUUUCUGGCAGCACGGAUUACACCAUCCGAACGUGGAACAUUGUCACUGGUGAGCAGCUGAAAGUCUUCAAAGAGCAUCAAGGAUCAGUAAUUUGCCUAGAGCUAGUGAAUCGGCACUUGUACUCGGGAAGCGCGGACAGGACAGUGAAGUGCUGGUUAGUAGACACUGGGGAGCGAAUCCAAACGUACAAGGCUCACAAACACAGCGUUAGCACUUUGAAAUACCACGCUGGGAUCUUGUUCACAGGGAGUGGUGAUGCCUGUGCGAGAGCUUUCAAUUCCAGAAGUGGUGUCCUGCAGAAGAUCUUCCGAGGACACAAGUUCAUCAUCAACUGCAUCCAGAUCCACAAUGAGCUGCUCUACACAGCCUCCCAUGACGGCACACUGAGGAUCUGGGACAUCCGGGGAAUAUGCAAGAGAAAUAAGCGGCGCCUGAAGAAGGAGAGGUCUGCCCAGGGCAGGGGCUCUCAGAAGGGAAGUCUCUCUCAUCUCUUCAACAACAAAGUUGGCUGUAUGGUACAGCAAGAAAAUGGGGAACACGAGGCUGUUGAGCUAAUGUGACUGCCCAGGAGAGACCUUCCACUCAUGACCAAAGCUGAACCUUUUGUUUUCUGCACCACUGUGUCCAUGUCAAUGAGAACUUGGAAAGAGGUGGGAAAUGGCUUUGCUUGAGCCUCUUUUUCAGGAGCCAGGAGUCUCUGUGACUGUCAGAUGGACUCAAGACAGGUCUUGUUUGCUGCAGCUGAGUCUCAGCUGAGUAGCACUGGGGUCAGGAGGGACUGCAGUGUGGUUCAGGUAACUUAACCUCUGUGUGUAUUUUAGCAAACUUCACUUCAAACUCCUCGUUUUCAAUUCCCAGCGGCAUGGAGGUGUUGCAGACUUCUGCUGUCUGCUAACUAAUGAGAAACGUUUUUCUCCUGCUCCUGUUGCCCACUCAUGGGCCCCGCUUCAGCCAAAUGUAGAAAUGAAAGUGGCCCUGGGAAAAAACCUGCAAAUUCCAUUUUCACAGCUGACCUUUGGGUCAGGUUUUUGCUGAUCUGACCAACUAAUGUAGGAUGGUAUGGCUCAGCAGGAGUUUAAAGCAAACUGCCUUCUCUUUGGGACAUUGGGAGUAGUAAGCAGAAAUGUCAUUGUUUGUGUUCUUUUCUUAAUUUAACAAAAUCUGAAGAGCUAAAGCUCAAGACCUUUUUGUACCAAGGUCAGCUGCUUGCAGAGGCACAGCAAUUUUCCUCCUCCCAGCACCCUAGUGGGUUUUUACCUUUUACAGCGUCACACCUGAACAAAGGCGGCAUCAGUGGCCUCACAGGUGUUCCCUGCUGCUGGGGGUGUGCAUCCAGCUGUCCAUUUACCCCUGGGCACAGGUGGGAAGCUCCUGACAGGCUCCUCUGGGGGUCCUGGACUCAGCACAGUAGGGGUCAGCAGCUGUUCACUAGUCACCAGAUGACCACUAUCUUUGUGGGCAGCCUGGCCCACUGCUUGACUGUCCUUGUGAGGGAAAUGUUUUCCCUAUAUCCACUGGGAAUGUCAAACUGUUUUUCAGAGAAGAGGACAGCAAAAGAAGACAUUUUGGGGUGCUGUUUGUUUCCUUUCCUCCCUUUGAGCCUAUGUCAGGCCUUAAGUUGCUAGGCUGUUAAUAGCAUCAGCUGAUCAAACUCAAGAGAAGUUCUUCCCAUCUUUUUCCAGGUUCACCCCUCUCUGAUAACCACUGAGCCAUGACUUAACAAGGGUUCUUGUAUUUUUCUAUUUGCAGAUAACUCUUUGUAGAACCAGUACAAAAAUAUCUAACCACAUGUUUUUAUUUUUAUGGCUUUAUUUAUUCUGUACUACAGCAAGAUAAAAAUGCUGUGAUCUUUUUUCAGAAUGGACUAAUAAACAUGUGGCCUCUACAGACAACUUGCUGUCUAGUUCUUUUUUCUCAGAGGGGAUUUGGCUGGCUGUAGAGGCACAGCAGUUAGGAAUGGAUGGACCAGGGGGAAAAAACCAAAAGCCACCUCAAACAUACACUUUGUGAAACAUUUCCUGCCUUCCUCUCAUUGUUGGGGCUAGAGUCAGGUAUGCCAUGAAGCUGUCCUGCCUCUCACCAGGCACCAGCCUGCCACAGUUUCCUUACUCAGGGGAAGAUGUGAACAGCCACAAACCAAAGACGACCCUUAAGGGAAAGCAUGGAUGACAAAGAGCCACAUGCACUGCCUCGGAGCUCACCAUGGUGACGCCACAGCCCUCUGCUCUGAACCUGUAACACUGUCAUUGGGCCAGGCCUGUCACUGCUGCUGCAUGUCCUGCAUGCCUCUUCUGAGAGCAGCUUGGGUAGCUCUUACCUGGCAGGUUUCCAUAUCCAGUAGGAAAAAGCAAUGUGGGAGGUCAGCUGCAGAGUGUAGGUUUCAUUCCUGUAAACCUUGGGCUCUGCUCCUCAUAGCUCAGUAGUGGCCCUGCGAGAAGUGUUUAUGAGAUGGUGGCUCAUGGUUGCUGAGGUGAUGGCUUGCUAUGCAGCUAGUGUUUCUGUUUUGCUUAUGAGGUCAAUGCUAAAGCAGGAGGCCUUUAGCAGAGAUGGGUAGAGUUGCACAGAUGGUCUGGGUUCUACUUUAAAACUUUGUGCACAGUAUGUUAGACACAGAAGCUUAACUGGCCAUACAGCAGCUGCACAUGGAAUUAGCAAAUAGAUUUAAUAGACAUAGAGCUUGUAAAGAGUGGAAUUAAUGAGUCAUUACACUUCUGCCAGUUGCUAAACAUAUCACAGUGUCUUCAAAUGCAUGGUCAAAAUUAACUUAAAGCUUUUAGCCAAUGCUUCCUGCCCUGCUGAUUAAAACUGCAGGCACAGUUAGUGGGGGGGCAGCUGGCAGAAUUACAUCAUUGAGGAAUGGCUUCCCUGACAAGCACUGUGUGUUAUGCUAAUUUUAAAUUCCCCAAGGACAAACCCUCACUUCUUAAGUUGUCACAGCCAGUCUGCCAGCAAGCCACUUCAAAGAGGAGAAAUACUGCCUGUACAGCCCAGUGCUGCCUUCAGGCUAGCAUAAGGUAAUGUCAAAAUGCCAGUAAGUUUGGGAACCCCUUUGGCUAAAGGGAGGAAUAAAUUAGUGCUUUCCUUACCUACUUCUUGCUAAAAUGACAUCCAUCAAUUUGAAAUAAUUUUGUACAUUCUGGUUAACUCUGCCUUUUAUCCAGUUGUUCCUCAGUGCCUGCUUACAGAGACAGGAUAUAAUGGUCAUAGCACUGCUUUGUACCUCAGCAGCUCACAUUACUGGCUUUAGAAACACUUCAAACCUUCUGCAAGGCGGUACAAAACUCC